CGGGAAAAUUGAGCGACGGUGCACACCGCCUUACUCAGCUUCGCACAUGUGCCGAGUUAGCUGACAUUUGCGUAGUUUGCCCCGCGCCACUGAAAGGUACGCGCGCGUCGUGUUCCAAGUUUGAAAAAAAUUGUGUUUUUAUUUUCUGUUGUUAAUUUGAAAAUCGAACGUGGUUUAAACUGUGUUAAAAAUAUCGUGAAUAAAAAAAGUUUAUUGGUGACCUCGAGUUUUCCCGGGAGCAUUGCUAUAGCAACGGAUGACGUCAAGUUCAGGGGCGAUACAUUUAUCGAGACCGGAAAAGGAAGCCAUUGGCAACGAUUUUAAGACUAGUUUAAUGUAAAGUGAAGUGAAGUGUAGUGAAUAGUGACGCCGAUGUAGGUUUAUGGGAAAGUGCACUUAGACAAAAUGGGUUUAAUGUCAAUCAUCAAAUUAGGCUAUACUAUGCUAAUAGUUGCAUUCCUGUUAAUGAUAUGGGCGUCACUAUCAGGGGCUUUAGAAUUACACGUAGAUACGGGACACCCCCCAUGCUUAUUCCAAGCCCUUUGCACCUGCUCCAAGCCCGCUGGGGACCUGGGAAUUGUGACCUGUAAUUACGUACCGAUCCUGAAAGUCCCGUCCGCAGUGAACAACUCCAAGGUCUUCACACUGCAGCUCACUGGGAAUAGGAUCAAGGAUCUUGAGCCCCAGUUCUUUCAAGCAACAGGGCUUUAUCGAUUGGCGAUAAAUGAAAAUCCACUAGAGUCGAUUCACGAAGAAGCUUUCUAUGGUCUGGACAACACAUUAUGGGAACUGGAACUGAAGCAAGACAGAUUGGCGGCAGUGCCGAGCCGAGCGUUGAGGUAUCUGCAGAAGCUUCGCUUGCUGGACCUCUCGGGCAAUGAAAUAACCGAUAUCUCUGGAGAUAACUGGCGUGGCUUAGAGAACACACUGCAUACGUUGAUAUUGUCUGACAAUUCCAUCUCGACUAUACCACUUGACGCGUUUUCUGGUCUUCCAAUGCUGGACACCCUGGACUUGAGAGGCAACCAUCUAUCUGUUAUUGAUAGUGGUGUCUUCCGUGAUGGAAUGCAUCGAUUGAAUAAGCUCCUUCUAGGCAACAACCAACUGACUCUGAUUCCGUACGAGGAACUGUCACCGCUGCGUCAGCUUCGCUACUUGGAUCUUUCUAAGAACUUGAUAAAGCAAGUUCCGCCCGCCCAUGAGCUGAACGGCAUUACUUUAUCUCUUGAUACUUUGAGACUGGACAAUAAUAUCAUCAGAAUACUUCUGCCGGGUUCGUUUAAAUACUUCAACGUGUUGAAUACAACAUCCCUGGACGGGAAUCCAAUAUAUACUAUAAGAGAAGACGCAUUCCGCAAUGCUAAAAUUCGUUCUCUCUCCUUACGGGACUGCGGGGUGACAGAGUUAUCACCUGCAUCCUUCGCUGGAUUGGAAAACACACUGCAGAACUUGGACUUAUCGGAAAACAACCUCACAAUGAUCUCAAAAUUCAUGCUGAACAAAUUGGACUCACUGAGAUUCCUUAAUCUAAGAGAAAAUAAGGUGGACACCAACCUCCUAUCGACCGGCAACCCCUCAGACUUCUCAGUGACAUCAGUGAAUAACUUCCAAUACAAACUCUUCUAUUUGGACAUAAGUGGAUCGUCGCCAAUUGAAAUGAGCCUGCAGGAUAUACGAAGAAUGCGCUCUCUCCGAUACCUAGCAGUGAGUAAGCUUAUCCGUCGCAGCAUCAGUUCAGAAGACUUCAUCGAAUAUGGUUUAGAGCUGGAAGACCUUAAAAUAUUCGGAAGCACCAUCACGAAAAUUGAGGCCAGUGCUUUCCAGCACGUUAGAACGAUCAAAACCCUGGACUUAUCUGAAAACGAAAUCGACUUUAUCGACCCAUUUGCUUUUGCAGAGCUACACAGCCUAACAACCUUGAAAAUAGCGAACGGAUUAGCAGAUUCCGUAAAAAUUCUACCUUUUGAGCCGCUUAAAGCGCUAAACGAGUUGCAGCAUUUGGACUUGAGUAAUAACAAACUGAAAAAUGUUCCCGACACAUCCUUCCAUUUUCUUUACAACGUGAGGACACUGAAUCUUCAAGACAACCUUAUCGAACAAUUUUCUAAGGGAACUUUGCAGGGUGACAUCCACCGACAAUUACAAGGCAUAUACCUAUCAUUUAACAAAAUGACGAAAAUCGUUCAGCACACUUUCGUGGAUCUUAGAGAACUUCAGGAGAUACAAAUCGAAGACAACUUGAUAGAUACAAUUGAAAGACGAGCAUUUAUGAGCGUUGAUAACUUGAAGGUGAUCAGGCUCCAGGGUAACAGGCUUAGAGAUAUUAGCGAAGAAGCCUUCCAAAAUCUACCUGCUUUGAAAGAGUUAGAUAUAUCUUUCAACCGUCUAGAAAUGUUUAAGUUCUCGAUAUUCGAUCAAGUCGGUUCUGCAACUGCCCUUAAAGUGAACGCAUCCUUCAACCAAAUAGUGUCGCUGACUGAUUCCAAUGCACGAUUCGGCUUCGGUUCAUCCAACUUCUACCCACCACCUAAACCGCAAAGCUUAAUAUCAGUGGAUGAUCAAGAAAAUACAGAUAAGGGUAAAUUACCGCACGGCCAAGCUGUAACAGCGUCGCCGUAUCGUUUGUUUUUAUCAGUUAAUAUAAGAGUAUUGGACUUCUCUCACAACAAUAUCUCCUACAUUGCUCCUUAUUACUUUAGGCAUGCUGACCUAACGUUAUCUGAAUUGCAUCUGUCACAUAACCAAAUAAAAAAUAUUACAAGAGAAGUGUUUGGAUCUAUGCUAAUGUUACAGUACCUUGAUUUGUCUCAUAACCAAAUAUUCCAUAUGGAAUACGAUUGUUUUAAAAAAGUCAAGAAUUUGCAGAUGGACAUAUGUGGACUCGGGCUUGGUUUAAUCAUUAAUGGUUAUUUACGAAUUUUGAAUCUAUCACAUAACCAUUUGACUGAACUUCCGGUUGAAGUAUUCCACGAUAUGCAAAUGUUGACCUCAGUUGAUCUUUCCCAUAAUCGAAUUCGGAAUCUUGCUGACAAUCUCAUUUUGUCAGCGAAUUUAGAAAGGUUGGACUUAUCAAACAAUGACUUAUCAAGGAUGCCAACGAACGCAUUAUCACCCGGUGCCGCUUCAAAUCUUGUGGAACUAGAUCUAAGCAGCAACACGGUACCUGCUGUAGCCAUUCCCGACUUGGUCCAACGAUUUAGGAACUCCGAGGCCGGCGAGUUUUGGCCCGAGGAAAACGACUACAACGAUGAUUACAUGUACCACACCGCUAGGCGAGACCAAUCCAGAGUCUUCCACCAUAAAAAGCAAUAUCCGCAGAACAUAUUCUACAAGUCUUUGGCAUGGUUAGAUCUAUCCAAUAAUCAUUUGGUAAGAAUUGAGAGUGGCGCGUUCGGUGCGUUACCAAAACUUCGUUGGUUGGAUCUGAGCAACAACUUGCCGUUUAAUGGUGAUCGGAGUGGAAACAUUUUCAAAGGACUGGAGAGGAAAUUGUCUUAUUUGGGACUAAAGAAUGUCAGCUUGCAAGCUAUACCAUCACUUCCACUUCCCAAGUUGAAAACUCUGGACCUAUCGUACAACAAUCUGCACUCAAUCCCAACAGACACAACUGCCAAUUUGACGCGUCUAAGAGCACUCGACUUAUCAUACAACGACCUGACUAAAGUGCCCGUGGCAACGCAUUCGCUAAGCGAUCUGCGCUGGUUAUCAUUAUCGGGCAACCCAAUCACAGCCCUCAUGAACACCAGUCUGUAUGGACUAUCACCACGACUGGAAUACCUUGAUGUUACCAGACUUCGUCUAAGUAUUUUAGAGUAUGGCGUCUUUAGCAAAAUGUAUGGAUUGAGAACUCUAAAGAUUUCUGUGAACGGAAACGUGAGGGACUUCAGUAUCCCGAAAAUGACCUCACAGAACGCCGCGUUAGAGAAUUUGUUCUUGUCCGUUGAAAACUCACAAAUCGAUUUAGGAAACGAGAUGAAAGGCGAGCUGCCAUGCAAAUUGGAUAACAUUACGCUAACUGGCCGAGAGUUGAAGUUUAUCUCACAGAACCUUCUUAAUGGCGCAUGCUCGAGAGAGAUGAGGCUAACAAUUUUCAACACCAGCAUUGAGGAUAUAUCGUCUGAAGUAUUCUGGAGGCACGGUCGUAUCAAGAACUUGUCUUUGGACCUACGGAACAAUCAGCUGAAGAGAUUACCAAACCCAGCUCGGAAGGAGUGGCCUGGAGUUCCUAACGACCUCUUUCUCGAUGACAUCCUUGUUGCCAGCAAUCCUCUUGUCUGUGAUUGUGGAAUAGGCUGGAUACAAGCUUGGGAUCGCAAACGACGCCAGUAUCUUUGCGACAAUCCAUCUAGUUGCGACGCAUUAGACGACUUAAGACUCGCUACUUGUCCCUCCUAUCAGAACAGAACAUUGAGUGAUGUAAUUUCUAAAGAGCUGGACUGCAGCUGGAGCAAGGGGUACAGCAUUGUGUCAAACAUCAUGACUGUUCUCGGUGUGGUCGUCGCCUUCUUUGUCAUUUGAGGUUUGUUUUGGUGUUACGGACUUUAUCGCGAAUUAGUACAGGUUCGCAACAAUAUUCGCGACCUCCGUAACUACAUUAGGGGUCACAACUAUGAUCACAUUCUCAUCCGGGAAAAUUCGCAUGACAACAUACGGGAUGAUUCCAGUGACAGUUCUGACAGCCUCGCUCAUGACAUUCCCCGAGGUUACCUGAUCCCCAAAGGCAAGACUGGGAAGCCCAAAACUGAGUAGAUGUGCCUCCAUGUGGCCUAUUAGAAUGUAGUGCUAAGGUGACGCUAAGUAUAGAAAUGUGAUGUGAUCUCCAAGAAACCGAACGCUAUGUUUUCUUUUAGAAUUAUGUGCACUAAUAACUAAGUAUAGUUACAAUAAUUUCCUUAUUGUAUGUGACAAUCUACAUUAGUAGUUUUAAUAUUGAAAUUAUUGUAUGCAAGAAAUGUAGGCAUACAUUUUUCGACUUUUAACUUUUAAAGUUUUGAUAUCGAAUAAGUCUUAUAAGGGUCUUAAAUAUUGCCAAAACAUAACUUUACUAUUAUACUUUUUAAUUUCAAUACAUUUGACAAAUUGAUAUAUUAUACGAGCACAAAAAAAUAUUUCGAUAUUGCACCACUAGAUAACAACUAUCGCUCAGGACUAAGAUACAAAGUGUUUGAAUAUUGUUUCUCAAGAUGGCGCUAAUAGCAACUGCUAGUUCACUUCGCAUAACUAGGUGGCGCUAAUAUAAAUUACCUUCUACAACAAAUGAGAACACAAUGUUCAAUAUUGUUGAUGGCGUUUAAAUGUAAUGACGUGCAAAGAUCCUUAUAAGUCUGUAUUUGAUAAUAGAAUCUCAUCUAAUGUAUACUGAAUGAUGGAAUGCGCAUACAUAUUAGUUGCAAUUUCCUCAAUUUGUAGAAAAUUUACUUAAUUAUAAUUGUAGACUGCAUUCGCUAGAAUGAUAUGUGUUCGUCCAUUAAUAGAGUGUUUUGAUUAUUUAUAGAUGUAUUUCCUUAUUAGGCUAGAGCUCAUUAUCAUAUUUAACUGUCACAAAUUUAUCUGACCGGAUACAUACGUAAAACAUCACAUUACUCCAAUAAGCUGCAUAGAAGUUGAAGAGAAUAUUUAUACUGGCAAUACUGAGGCCUGAAACAAUGUUAAGGUGCAGAUAAAUUAGGACACUUCUUUUUAUGUCAAUAGAUGUUUAAAUUGUUAGAAAUAAGUCUCUUUUGAGUGUACAAAAUCGUUGGAUGUCAGUUUAAUAUUCUAUGGGUAUACUACUACGAUUGUUUAGAAGUUUUCAAAGUCUAAUAUAAAGUAGAAAUAUAACAUUCUAUGACAUGUUCAAUACUAUUUGUAGCUUAGAUAUUCAUUUCAUUGACCAUUAUUUCUAUAUAAUUUAUAAUAACUCUUUUGUUGUUUCUUAUAACUGUCUUAUUCUUUUUUUUCAGAUUACCUAUCAGUUUAGAAGCAACUUAUUUUUUUUUGCAAGCUUGUCUUUGUAGAUAGUUCCUUAAGCUAAAUUAGGGAAAUGAGUGAAUUAAGAUUACCUCUCUUUCAGUGGUCCAUGAAUUCAGGCCUAUCGAAGCUUUUUUUCAAUGCCGUAUUUUGAGGAUUACGUUUGCCUUUCUUUAUAUUUCUACAUUAAGUAUACUUAUUAUUAUUAAAACUAAAAGCACUUUUUUGUGUGUUCAUUUCAAUUGUGUUCUACUAGAUUUAAGUUUAUUUCUCAAGGCAUUGAAAACAAAGUUAAAUCGUAACAAUGAAUAUAUUUUGUGAUAUAUAUUAACUGUAAUCCUUCUAUUUUUGAUAAGCCUACGAUACUAUUGCUAACAUGGGAAUUGUAUGACUAACAAAUUCUCUGUUGAAUGCUUUUUAUUUAUUCCAAAUGAAAUUUUUAUUGUUAAUCUUCAAAGUUAAAUUUUAUGAAUUAACGCAUCGUACCAAAUACUUGUGAUGUAUUUGCAUAGUAUUAUUAUUAUAUUUAAAGUGUUCAUAUUGUUUAGAUUGAACUUUAUUUACAUCAAAAUCAUUCAAAAAUACAACUAAAUUGUCUAAUGAUUUAAAACUUUAUCAUUGGUUAAACUAAAUAGGAUAACAACUUCUGAAUGUGAUAGAACUUAGCUAGUGCCAAUAAAAUUAUUAAUAUCAACAUAAAUCAUUACAAUUUUCCUUCAUAAAUGAUAUGAUAUUAUCAAAUUAUACUAACGAAUAAUAAAUGUAUUUUAUCAAUUU